AUGGGCGGUGGAAACAGCGGCGGCGGGGGAGCGGGGGCCGCCGCCGCCGCAGCAGCAGCAAACGAGCACCUCAAUAUCAAGGUGACGGACAACAACAACGAGGUGUUUUUCAAGAUCAAGCGCAGCACCAAGCUCGAGAAGCUCAUGACGGCCUUUUGCGAGCGCCAGGGCAAGACCCCGGCCUCGGUCCGCUUUCUCUUUGAGGGCCAGCGCGUCCAGCCCGCUGAUACACCCGAUACGCUGGAGAUGCAAGACGGCGAUACCCUAGAAGUCCACCAAGAGCAGGUCGGUGGCUGCUGA